AGUGACGGCGAGUGCAGUUGUAUCAAAGAUUUGUUGCUCACAUACUAUGUAACUGCAGCUUUAACGUAGUUUUUGCCGUGACGGUGCAAGGAGCAAGGCUUAGUGUUAUUUUCUUUCUAAACUUGAGAUCUUUUUAAUACAUUCCUCGGCGUCUUUUUUUGUGUGUGUGUGUGCGGAGACUCUCCUAGUCGAUUUACUUAAUCUGGGAUAAAAGGCAUUUCGAAAGCUACUGCUGUCUCUUCCGUCUUUCAAAGGCGCUGUUCAAAUGUCACUGGGAUAAUUCAGCGCCGCAGGACAGCAGUGCGGUUUCGUCCAAGUUUUGGAUGUGUUCAAGUGAUUAUCUCGAAUUAGGAAUCUAAGUGGAUACUUCCCAAAUUGCUGGAUUUGUGGAAAAUAUAUUCUAAAGGAUACGCGAAAACUUGGUACUUUUUUUUUCCCACGGAUCUUUCUCAUUGCUGAAAAGGGGCGUAAUAAUUAGAAUAGAUCAAACAUUCCUGGCGGAUUGCUUGCGGCUCUGGAGCUGUCUAAACGCCUGUAACCGAUGAAAAUAUAUAGCAAGCCGUUUACGAGUUUCUGUUGGAAAAUGCACGUGGCAUAGGACUGCUUGGACUUGCUGGGUUUGGUCGCGGCAUUUUGAGUCCCUAAAUAAUGGCAAAUAACGAAGCCCCGUACGAUACUCGGAAUAUCGUGACAAAAUACAUCCAUCACAAACUCCUGAAGAAGGGCUACGUGUGGGAAUCCCGCGUGUCCGGCGAGACCGAUCCCCCCAAUAACGGAUUGGUGGGCCCCUCCGCCUCGGGUCCGGGGCUGCAGGCGCGGCGGCUCCAGGCUGCCGGGGCCGAGCGCGGAGCUGUCCCGGUCCCCCGCCGGACCCCCCCGCCCGACCCCCACGCCGCUCUCCACAAGGUGCUGCGGGAGGCUGGGGACGAGAUCGAGAGGAUGUACCACCGGGACUUCGCGGAGAUGUCGGAUCAGUUGCACUUCACCCCCAACACCGCCCGGAGGAAGUUCACCGCGGUGGUGGAGGAGCUGUUUCGGGACGGAGUCAACUGGGGGCGGAUUGUCGCUUUCUUCGAGUUCGGCGGGACGAUGUGCGUGGAGAGCGUGAACCGGGAGAUGACGUCCCAGGUGGACAACAUUGCCAACUGGAUGACGGAGUAUCUCAACGGGCCCCUUCAGAACUGGAUCCAGGAGAACGGAGGCUGGGACGCCUUUGUGGAGCUCUAUGGGAGACAGAGAGGCUCCAUGUUCAGCUGUUCAUGGCCAUCUUUGAAGACUUUCUUUGGUCUAGCUGCUCUGGGCGCAGCAGGCCUGACCGUUGGAGCCUACUUUACACAAAAAUGAAGAAGCCAAGCACCUUUUUGUUUUCGACUAGCACUGCUCCCCUACAACACCAGUCAAAGUGCGCCAGAGGAAGUGUCCCGGAGGUACUGGUAUCCCAGAAUGCUAUGUGCAGGCUCCACUGCACUGCCUGGAAAGUGCCCCUCGUUACAGUUUGCUCUUCUAAACAAAUUGUGUCCUCACGUUUUAGGCAAGCAAAUGAGUAAGAGAGUUAUUUCAGAGAUACACGGAAUACUUGUUCCUUGUAGAUUAAGAAUUGUAGGUGAGAAUUAGAGCAAGUGAAUUCUUUACUUUUCUAUUUUAAAGAAAACUGUGGUCCUUUUCAGAUUCUUUCCAUAUUGCAUGUAUGUGUGUUUGUUUGAGUGUGCAAGUGUGUGUGUACCGUAUAUAUAUAUAUUUGUAUGUAUCAGAAUAUGUAUGUAUUUAUCUAACAGUGGUCCAAUCAUUUUAUUAUAUAUAAACUACACAGUUGGAAUUUGCUGUGGGAGUUGUAUGUAUUUAUAUCUCUGACUGUGAUUUGGCCAUUUUCAUGUGUAUAUUGGAAAUUAGUGAUGUAUAUUUAAGAAAAUGAUUGGACCACUGUCAGAUGCAUAUGCACAACUCCUACUGUGGGCUGCUUAGCUGAGUUGCAUGAAUUAUUCAGUGCAGUCUCAGUGUUGGUGACUCAAGGCAGAUAUUGCAGUUUUCCGAGUUGUAAAAAUACGAUUUUUUAAGCCCAGGGCCCUUAUAUGAUCAAUGGGUUCGGUCCCAGAGGAUUGCAGAGUAGCAUAGUAGAUGUUAUCAUUAUGUCUCAUGUUCUCGUAUUCUUAGAUUUAGAAAAGAUACAUCAUAAAUGCGCAGCUCUGCACCACCCCAAAUUGUAUAAGGCAAAGAGCGCUACUAAACUUUUCACAGUUAAAACCGUUUGCUUUCCACAGGGUUUGUCUUCUGCCUUGAAUCCCUCUUUGCCGAAUUUCUGUCAAAGCCAGUAAAGAGCAAUGUGUAUGUAAAGUGACCAACCAACCUACAGUAGGUGUUUCUCAAGGGUUUUGCCUCAAAACACGUCUCAAGUUGUGACAAUGACGCAUACACUGCUCAUGCCUCAUGACCCAGAAGGGUUUCAGUCUGACUUUUGGCAGGUAUGGAAAAUGCUGUACAAAAAACUGAGAAUUCAUAGGGCCACCUAGAGCAUCCCAGCUGAUGCCAGAAUUAUACGUACAAAAAACCGCUGAAAGAACUACAGCAGGUGUUUUAUUAACAGCCAGAGACUCUGGUCCCAAGGUUUACUUCACUUCCCAAGUGGAGAAUUUCUGAAUAGCUGGUAGAUAGAAAGUCAUCCUGCUUUGCUUCUCUGCUGUUUUUCCUGUAACCGUUACGCUCCUGUAUCCCAGCUAUCCUCCCCAUGAUUCCUUUUUUUUAUUUCUGUUCCAGCUGGGAAAAAUGAAAAAGUGCAUGUGGCGAUGUUCAUAACGGCAGUUAUUUGUUGUUGUUGUUGUCGUCAUCCAGAAUUGGCAAUACAAAUUGCUUGUUUUCACGCAGCCUAAUAAUUAGUUCGGGCUACAAAUCACAUGGCCAGAGGGAUCUAGGACUGAAAAUUGCUUUCAUCACAUAUCCCGAGAAAAAUAAUAAACAAGAAAAACGGUGAUGUCAAAUCGCAGAUUUGCCUCCAUAAUUUGCGUCUCACUUAGUAUUACCUCGUUUUAGCCGUUUAAAAAAUGAAAUUUGAAAAGACGCCAUUCAGGAGAAAGGGCACCUUGAUAAUUUACUGUAUGUGGAAUUCUAGUUAAAACAACCUUGUUCAGCAGUUCAGGAGAAAAGGCGAAAGUAAGACGAGAGAGGCAGAGUGAGGUCAAGGAAGGGUCUUGAGAGAGUCCUGUCGAAUGCUGAUGAAAAGAAGUGCUUUCAAAAAGCUGAUACACCCUCACUCACCCCAGAUGUCAGUAUUUCGCACGCCUGGGGUUAAAGGGCAUUCUGGAACACAAGGAGCCCCGUUGGCUCCAGAGAAAUUGGCACAAGGUCUUCUCCAUUUACAGCGCAGCUUCUUGUCUGAACUGUCAGCUCGUUAAGAAAGCAGGGAUGUCGAGGCAUGUUAACAAUAAGAGGGCAGGCUUCUGAUUAAAGAGGCAUGUAUAAAGUCUCAUCUCCCAGAGAGGAAAGCUGUGUUCAUUAUUGAGCAGAAGCCUUUAUUAAGCUCAGCUGAACACAAAUAUGAGUGUGUGCGUUCUGGUUAAGAUUUAGACAGGAUUCUUGUUAAUUUAGGCCAUACCACCCCAUGAAGGGAGAUUUUUUAUCCACAUUCCACAGGUGCACAGUUGUUCUCUUGCCCUCUCUCACUUUUAAUUAACUGCCUUGUUACUUGACAGACCUGUCUGGCUUGAAAUUGCUUUCCAUUCAUGUGUGCAGGUGAAGUGGGUAGCUGGUUAAUGUGUUCCAGUGUCUAUUUGGCUUUUAGCAUUUGAAGACCAGCUUGGUUUUCAGACUAGAAUGAACAUCCCUGGUUACAGACAUCGAUUUGAAAGUUUAAUUUAGAAUUUAGAACUCAUUUAGAAGUGUAAUAUUAAAUGUUUUUAUAAAAGAAUGCAGGCUAGCCUGACAGCACAGUUCAUUGUUGCAACACGUCUGUACCUCCAUUCCUUUACAGCUGAGUGUGCAGUAAAAUAAUUAGUUCUGGGAUUUAUCCAAAACUAGAUUGUAUUAUAAUUUUGCAUUGUUAGAAAAGUGCUCUUAAAUAAACUUAUUAUUAUUGUAAUUUGUUUUUUCUCCUUUGUUUUUUUCAUUUUCUAGCUCUGAAUUCGAUUGUUGAAACAGGUCGCUGUCACCAAUAGGAAUUUAAUUUCAGUUUACAAAACAAAAUGUUGUGCUGAUCAUUGGUUAUUUCAGACCUAGGUGCCCUCUGCCUGUGGAAACCAAGCUUCUUUGCUGCUGCUGCUUCACUAGGCUUUUGGUAGUGCUAUCCUUAUGUUUCAGCCUAAAUUCAUUGCUUUUCAGAAACUGAUUGCUUGCAAGGAAAAGUUCUUUUCAUUUUAACACUGCACCUUUGCGUCGCACACAGUAAAAAUAAAAUCUAUCUAAGCCUUCGCUUAGAGUGCUUCCAAAAGACAUACUAACUCUGCAUUAAAAAACAAAUUCUCUUCGUUUUUUCCUCUGUUAAACUAAAUUAAAUUAUUCCAGGUGGCUCAAGAAGCUAAACAGGCUUGUCCGGAGAGCAGAUUAAGUUUGGUCAUCGCUGGUUGAAGUCUGGACUGAGCCAUUAAAAUGGCCAUGAAGAGGACUUCCCACAGUGCAGUGCAACACCUGGCUGAGUGCUGCCCAUUCAGCAGUCGGGGUGUCCUCUCUGAUGAAUGGAGAGCCUGGGGAGUUUUGAGGCUCCCUCCAGCUUGCAGUGUUGCUAGCAAGAGAUGCCAAUCAGGAGGUCUCCUUUGGAGCUCGCAGCACAUGACAUGACGCAUGGCCCAACCCGGUGACUCUUCGUAAGCAAUCUUUGCGUAGUCACCCAUGUGGUACGAAGUUCGUCUCAGUUAAAGCGGCUUAACCUCACAAUUUCCGGCUCCAAAUUGAAUGGCUAGGUGAAGAAAAAAAGAAAAAAAAAACUGAUGUGUAGAAGACUGCUACUGAGGCGUAGCACCUGUCUCGCUGGGACACAGGAGCUGUGAACCUCCAGUAGGUCUAUUACUAGGCAGAGCAGAUGGAGAAAGUGAGAAAUUAAUUUCUUAAUAUUGAGGUGCACGUUUAGGACAACAGGACACAAAGAGUGACACUCCUCUCUCAUGAGCAGUUUAUGAACCACGAAGUCGGGACCUUAGGUUAAGGUCUUAUCCAAAAGAUGGCAGCUCUGAUAGCACAUUGUUCCCUGUCGCUGUACUGAGACAUGGGCUUCUGCUCCAGAGAGAACAGUGGGAGCUGCUUGUCCGUCUGCCACUGUACUUAUAGCAGCAACCUGCUUUUCCUUAGUCUCCCAAUCAAACUGACCAUGUCCAACCAGUCUUAGCUCCUGACAGCUGACGAGAUAGAGCUACGACGUGGCAUUGGUGCUGCCAAUCCAGCAGCUGCCUGUGGAACUGAGGCAACUCGUUCAGUAUUACAGAAGAUCUUGUGACAGCACUAUUGAAAUACUGUAUUUGAAGAGCUUUAGCAUAUAAAGAAUGAGUGCAAGAGCCAGUCAUUUCACUUCACUGCAGGUAGCACGUCCUGUCUGAAUUAGACACUGUUGGCACUGUUUGGUUGUAGGUUUAAAUGUUUUCAUUUUAAAAAGGGGGAAAUAGUAUUUUAUAGCAGCUUCAGUGUCUCAUCUGAAGUGCACUAUUUAUAAUUUCUUUAAUGUUUAGUUUAUGUAUACAUACUUAUAUAUGCACAGGGUGCUUUUGGCCUGCUCGAACAACAGUAUUGUGAAAAUUGUUCACACACAAAUAACAUCACAGUGGACAUUUUCCCAAGUGAUCAGAUUGUGAUCACAUUUAUACAGCUGAUAUAGCUCCCACUGUUGUAUAAAUUGAGCUCAUGGUCCCCAUGGUCCAAAUUGGAUGUGUACCAAGUUUCAUUUUACCAUGAUGCACAAUAUUCAUGAUUUCCAAGCACCACCAGUGAGUUUGUGUCUGCAUAUACUGUAUGUAUAUACUGUACAUGCCGUGUUAGAAUUAUUUUUAAGGAGAUGUGCUUUAAUAUCCCAUAGAUCAGGGGUCUUCAAUCCUAGGCUUGUAUGAUUGUGUCUGCAGUUAUUCAUUCUAACUCUGCUUUUAAUGUCACAACCCAGCUCAUUGUUGCCUUAAUUGGGACAAUUAAAAAACUUAUCUCAAACUUUCAGGUGUUGGUGCUUUUAAAGAGGCUAAGAAAACAGACACACUCCCUCCGGUACAAGAAUUGUAGACCCCUGUCAUAGAUCAGCAAAGCUAUGUUUCUUAUAUGGUAUAGCUUCAUAUUUUGGAGUGAAAAGUGAGAAAUCCAGUGGUGGUUCAUUAUUGAGUGCUCAAGAUGUAGUAUUGUUCAGAACAUGCUAAAAAAAGGCUGAGAUGCUGCACUGCUGCUUCUAUUAUAACCAGUUUACCACUGUGAUUUCUUGCUUUUCCUUAUUCGUAUGAAUGUGUCAGUGUGCCUGUGAUGUGAAUAUUUAAUAGAGAGGGAAACAAAUCUUAACUUCUGCAUUCUUCAGUCUCCAAAAGAGGGUAUCACGAUUAUUGCCAUGAUUUUUGGUUUCUUUGCUGAGAGCUUCAUGAUGUAUGUAUUUUGUGUAAAUACAGAGUAUUUCCAGUUGAAGACGUAAACUAAAA